CGAUUAUAUGUCGCGACUGCGGAGAGACAACUAAGAGCAAGAACCCAGAGUUUUAACAAUUUAUCUGCAUUUUUAAUCAGUCACGCUAUUAUCAAGCUUCAUCGUUGGAGAGUGACCGUCGAGAAUUAGACCACCAAUAAGGUUUCUCUACAUUAUCAGUAGGAUAGUAGACGUGGUGAAAAAAAAUUAAAAUACGGGCCAAUGGAGAUGCCGCCGACCGCCCCCGGACCGCUGCAAUUUGCAUGUCUUAUGGAUCGUGGAUCGUGGAAACGGUGGAAAUAUGUACGUCACAAGAGCGGAGGUUGUCCGCUGCAUGAGAUGUUUAAGUUUAUUCAUACUGGUCUGAUAAUUUGAUGACUGUAAUGUCAAUUAUAAUGGAAAUCGUGAAUGUGAUAUAUACAUUCUGUUGAAAUUUUGCAAAUGACCAAGUGUGCCUUUGACAGACUUUCAUCUGACCCGCUCAAUAAUAUCUACUCUCGACGGUCCUAUAGUGGGGCAUAACCUAUACAGAACAACAAACUGAUUCGAGGUUCAAUAAUGGCAUUAUAUAAAUCAUCCAGCGAGACAAUCAUCAAACAUUCGAGGUGGCUCAGUACUCAAGUACAGAGGACAAAAGUAACAUUGUUUGAUCGAUUGCAGCAAGUUAUUACAACAAGUCAUGAGAGCCCUAUUGUUGACUGCAAACAAUGGUCAAAAUUUAGAGAAGAUCUCUUAAAACCUCCAUUAGCAGUUAAAGAGAUCGCACUUGACUCCACAAUCUUACAAUAUUGUAUUUCCUCCAAUGAUUUACCCCUGGGAAAAUCUUAUCAGAAAUAUUUAAGAGAAAGUGAGAGCAAUCCAAGUCUCGGAUUUGUUGGAAAAUAUUUUCAAUUAUUAUACAAUAAUAUGCACCAUCUUACUCACGAUGAUAAAAAAGAUAUUUUGACAAUGUAUGACAAUUUGAGGGUUGCACACCCAUUGCUCGACGCUUCAACAGCUGAAUGUUGUAUUUUGGGACUCAGUCUUACCGAAAGAUGGAAAGAAAGUUUUGAACUCUUGGAAAUGUUGAAAGUAUCUUGCACUGGUUCUGUUGCUUGUUAUUCAGCCAUUGCCCAAGCUGCUUUUUAUAACUCAUGCCCCGAAAUAGGCUGGAAAUAUUUAAAUGAAAUGGUAACAUUGGAAAGAAAUCCAAAAUCUGCCGUGUACAUCACUUAUGUGGAUUAUUGCACCAGGACUUUCACUGAUAGAGAUGUAUGUGUGGCAGAAAUAGGGAAACUCUUCAAUUUUUUUGCAGAACAUAGUUUAGCACCCUUUAAGGAUGCCAUCGACUAUAUUCAAGUCACAUUCAAAAAGCUUGGUUGGACCGGUGUGCCAACCGUUGUGGAUAAAAAGGGUGUGUGUCAAACAUGUGGUCACCAAUUGUCACCACUGAAUCUAUCCGCAGAGGAUUAUUCAAUGCUAUUGAACGCAGUUGUUGAAAAAGCACUGGUUGGGAAUGACGUAUAUCAUCGAACUACACCAGUCGAGCUCAAAAAAUUCCAGAAUUUCAUAAAUCGAACAAAACCGUAUGAUGUUGUCGUCGAUGGGCUAAAUGUUGCAUAUAAAAAUAGGCAAGUUUCGAAUAACCCUGCGCAAAAGGUAGCUACAUUAGUAAGACAAUUCGUAAGCCAGAAUAAAAUUGUUCUCAUACUUGGCCGAAAACAUAUGAUGCAAUGGAAUGCUAACGCAAUGAAGUACAUCAAAAAUAACUCCUACCUCUUCCUAACUGACGAUCUAUCAUCGGAUGACCUCUGCCUUUUAUACGCAACUUUUGCGAGUGGACCGCAAACACAGUUCGUUUCAUCUGAUCUUAUGCGACAGCACAAAUUUCUCCUGCAAGAUCCGGCGCUGAAAAAGUUGUUCAAACAUUGGCAAAUGGCUAGUCAACGCUUUCCCGUGUUCCGAGGGAGCCAGUUACAUAUCACACCACCGUUGAAUUAUUUGCCUGUUGCUCAAAGUAGCGAAAAUCAUUGGCACAUUCCUUACCAACAAAAUGAUGCCCCAUUAACAGAUACCUACGAACCUCCCGCUUAUUGGCUCUGCUUACACAAGUUAGGAAAGCGUCGUAAUUAAGUUUUGUAUACAGGUAAUAAAUAGCUUCAUCAGUA